UAAUUAAUUAAUAAUGGAACAACGUAAUAAUCACAUAAUAAUGACAUCAUCAUCAUCAACGACAAUAUCAACAACAAAUCAAUCAACAUUACGAUUACAUACGAAUCCAAUUAUGAUGGGAACCUUAGGCCAUAGCCAUAAUCAUAUAGCUGCUGCUGCUGCUGCUUAUCAUCAUCAUCAUCAUUCAUAUAAUAAUCAUCAUCCUCAUCAUCAUCAUCAGCAUUUUAAUACGGUUCGUGUGGCCAGAUUAAACAGGAUACAUGGACAUUCAUAUAAUGGUCAUCAUCAUCCAUCGCAGCAGCAGCAACUACAAUUAAUUCAACAACAACAACAGCAGCCACCAUCAUCAACAUCAAAAUCAUCACCAUUGAAUGGUCUUUUUACUUGGAAACGUAAAUCAUCAACAAAAACAACAUCAACGAUAUCAAAUCGACAUGCUCAAAAUAAUUCAAUAAUUCCAAAUGCUGCGACGUCGCAAACAAAAGCAGCUACAAAAGCGGCAAUACCGCCUUCAUUGGCUAAAUUAUUUAACCGUGAUGUUGCCGGUAAUACACCGAAACAUCAUUCAUCAGAUAAUAUGAAUCAUUGUGUAUGUCGUGGUCUAACUGGAUCAACAUUUAUGGCGCCUUCUUAUCAUUAUUUUGAUGAUGAUGAUAGUCAAUUAAUUGCACCAUGUUCAAAUGUUUCAAAACAACAACAACAAAAUAUUCGUUCAAUAUCGAAUGAUUCAUUAUUAGCGGAUUGUCAGCGUUCAAGUCAACAACAACAACAACCGCAAUUCAACACAACUCAAACAAAACGUAAUUUAGCAAAAACAAUGGGAAAACCAUUUCAUACAAUCAAUGAACGACGAUUAGUAUCGAAUGUAUCAAAAUCAUUGGAUAGAAUUGUUGCUGCAUCACAGCAAUCAUCAUCAGCAGCAGCGACAACAAUUUCGCAAAAAGGAAAACAAUCCGAAAAUCGACGAUCAAUAUUGGAAUGUAAUGUUAAUCCAUAUGAACUUGUUUUGACCAAUGAUGAUGAUUCUAAUCAAGAAUCAUCAUUUCAAGAUACUACUACAGUCAAAAUAGCCAAACGUACCAAUAACAAAACAAAAUAUAAAGCGGAUACUGUCAAAUCUAGUCAUUCUAUGUCAUGGAUAAACAAGCAAAACAACAACGAUGAUAAUUCAAAAAUUAAUCAAACAUUCGAUACUACGGCUAUUUCAUCUUGUCUUGAUUGUAAAGAUCAAAAAACAAAAAAUCGUUUAAUUAAUAAUCUUUUCAAUAAAACAAACAGUAUUCGUAUUGCCGGUCAAACAGUUUAUUCAGCCAUACAAUUUGCCAAUGUUGAUGAUGAUAAUAAUAAUUGUCCUCAUCAUCAAACUAUCAAUUUAAAUCAAUCAAAACUGCCACCAUCAUUAACAACAACAAAAAUAAAUCCAUUACAACGUACACGUUCAAGUGGUUCAUUAUCAUCAUCAUGGUCAUUUGAUGAUUCUACUUCACAAUCAAAUUCUGAUUCAUCGUUGAAUCGAUCGACAACGACGCCAAGACAACAUCAGAUUGUUGUUGAUCAAUGUAUUUCUCCCUUGAUUAUUGAUGAACCAGAACCAGAUUAUGAUCAAGAUGAGAAUAAUGGUCAAAUCAAUUUGGAAAAUCAUCCAAAAGAAUCCACCGAAAUUCUAACCAACGAAGAUGAUAAGAAGAUCAAUUUCGAACGUAAAAAUUCACCAUCAAUAAAUUCAUUACAACGUCCAAAGAAUACACCACCACCAUGUCCACCAUCUGCUCUACCUCCGCCGCCACCACCACCACCUCCGCCUGAAUUUUUAACUACACCAUCGACGUCAUUGUCAACGACGAAUUGUUCUACAACAACAUUGACAAAAAAUCAAAAAAAUGAAAAUCCAACAAACGGAAAACAAUCCAAUAAUCGUCAACAAGAUAAUAAUCGUUCAUUUGAAAAUGAAUUAAAAGAACGUUUAAAUCAAGGUGUAAAAUCUAUAUUGAAAAAGACAAAUUUUUCAUCAUCAUUGACGGAAAUUGUUUCAACUGUCAACAACAACAACAAUGUUGAUGAUAAUAUCAAUAACAUCAAUAAUGAUGAUGUUAUGGAAGAUUCUUCUUCAUUGAAAGGAAAAAAACAUGUUCAUUUUCGUAUGAAACGUUCAUCAGCAGCAUCAAUUUCAUUAUCUGAUGUUUCAGGAACAGUAUCAUCAGGUGGUGGUGCUGGUAGUAGUUUAAAUCGUUCAAGAUCAGCUAGUCAUAUAAUUACCGAAAUUAUACAUGAAGAAGAUUUGGAUAAUNAUAAUGAUGGUGGUGAACAUUGUGGUAACAGCAGUAGCAGCUACUAUGAUGAUGUUUCUCGUUCACCCGAUGAUUUGAUGAUGAUGAUGACCGAUUUUGGUGAUAAUUCCAAUGAUGGUAAGUUUAUAUCCACAUCAAAAAUCGAUGAUUUAUAUAUUUGA